AUGGUCCCCCUGCGGCGCCAGGCGCUACGUCUAGGGUCCCCGUUACCUUCCUCUAUCUAUCUUUCCGAUUCUACGAACACAUUCUCUUCUAAUCUUGCUCCAUUCAACCCCAUAACCGCACGGAGACGCCUCGCGACAUAUAUAGAACACUCAAAGGCGCUCCCCGAGUCCGAUGACAAAAAGGAACGUGUCGUCAUCCUCGGUUCCGGCUGGGCCGGAUAUACCCUCUCGCGCAGGCUUUCUCCUAAGACAUACUCACCCAUAAUAAUCUCACCACGUUCAUAUUUCGUCUUCACUCCUCUUCUCACUGAUGCAGCGAGCGGAUCACUUGAUUUUUCGAACAUCGUCGAACCCGUGCGUGAUCCGCGCGCCAAGGUUGACUUCAUCCAAGCAGCCGCGCGUACAGUUGAUUUGAAAAAGAAAACUAUUCUCUGCGAAGCAACAGUAGUUAAGAGUGGGGUUACCGAAUCGCCUCGCACUCCGGAAGGGGGAAGAAAAACCGAAGAAGGCCCAGAGGCUACAAACAAACAGCCAGAUACGUACCGUCAAUGGGAACAGGGAGAGACGUUCGAGGUUCCAUAUGAUAAACUCGUCAUUGCGGUAGGCACUGUCAGCCGUACAUUUGGGACUCCAGGUGUACGGGAGAAUGCGAUGUUCUUUAAAGAUAUUGGCGAUGCCAAACGAGUGAAGCGCCGUGUGCGCGAAUGUUUCGAGCUUGCUGUUCUGCCGACCACUUCCCUAGAGAUGCGGAAAUGGCUGCUCAACUUCUCGAUCGUGGGGGCCGGUCCGACCGGCACUGAGCUUGCGGCAUCGUUGCGUGAUUUGAUCUAUGUCGACAUGAUGACAUUGUAUCCUGCUCUCAAUGGGGUUCCAAAGAUCACCUUGUAUGACGUUGCGCCUCAGGUGCUGUCAAUGUUUGACGAGUCACUAUCCCGUUACGCGAUGGACACUAUGAAGAGGGAGGGUAUAGAUGUCAAAACCUCCCACCAUGUCAAGAGCCUGCGGUGGGGCCCGCCCGGUACCCCUCCCCCUCAUGAUAUGGAUCCCAAGCGAUGCCUGACCCUUACCACGAAAGAAGAAGGCGAGGUGGGAGUUGGUAUGUGCGUUUGGGUGACAGGUAAUGCUAUGUCCAAGUUCAUCAGCCAGGCGCUUGGGUCAGUUGAAGCCUUUCCCACAGCCUCAGUUCUCACCGUCGAUGGUUCUUCAAGUGUCCCCGGGAACGCUGAACAACUAUCAUGGCAAUACAAAAAGGUACCUAAGGUCGGCGCUCUCCUCGUCGACGGCCAUCUACGCGUACAGCUUCAAAGCAAAGAGGGACAAACAGCUGUUCUCCGAGACGUUUUUGCCCUAGGCGACAAUGCCAUGCCGGAGACCGGCGCCCCUCCUGCAACCGCUCAGGCCACCUUUCAAGAAGCCAAAUGGCUAGCAGCUCGUCUGAACAAAGAUGAUAUGGCUCAGACCUCACCCUUCUCCUUCCGCAAUUUAGGUACGAUGGCCUACAUUGGCAGCGAAAGGGCGUUAAUGCAAGUCCCGCAUGAGGGCAUUGCGCGCAAUUAUCUACCAGAGGGUAUCAAGGGGCAUACUGCCCGGCUGAUCUGGAAUGCUGCCUACAUCACCAUGAGUAUUAGCUGGCGCAACAAGGUGCGUGUGGCGUUCCGGUGGACGUUGAAUAGAAUAUUCGGAAGGGAUGUAUCGCGCUUCUGA